AGGCGGCGGGGAGGUGAUGUCAGGGCUGGUGCUGAUGCUGGCGGCGCAGUGCAUUGUGGGCAGCUCCCCGCUCCGCCGCUGCCGCCGCUGUCGCCCGAGGAAGAUCGGGGCCGGGCCGGGCCGGGCCGGGAUGGUCCCGGUCGGGAGGCCACCGCCGCCGCCGCCGGAGGAAGCGGGCAGUCCAGCGCCGCACUGAGCCGCCCCCGCCCCCGCCCCGCCCCGGCCCCGGGGGAUGCGCCGCCCCGAGCCGCUGCCUCUGCCGCCGCAGCCGCAGCCGCAGCGGGCACAGAGCAGGUAGAUGGACCCCCCAGGGCAGGCCCUGCGGACACCCCCCCUCCAGCUGGCGGAUGCAGUGCCUAGCGGCAGCUCUUAAAGACGAAACCAACAUGAGUGGGGGAGGGGAGCAGGCCGACAUCCUGCCGGCCAACUACGUGGUCAAGGAUCGCUGGAAGGUGCUGAAAAAGAUCGGAGGUGGGGGCUUUGGGGAGAUCUACGAGGCCAUGGACCUACUGACCAGGGAGAACGUGGCCCUCAAGGUGGAGUCAGCCCAGCAGCCCAAGCAGGUCCUCAAGAUGGAGGUGGCUGUGCUCAAAAAGCUGCAAGGGAAAGACCACGUGUGCAGGUUCAUUGGCUGUGGCCGAAACGAGAAGUUUAACUACGUAGUGAUGCAGCUCCAGGGCCGGAACCUGGCUGACCUGCGCCGCAGCCAGCCGCGAGGCACCUUCACACUGAGCACCACGCUCCGUCUGGGCAAGCAGAUCCUGGAGUCCAUUGAGGCUAUCCACUCCGUGGGCUUCCUGCACCGUGACAUCAAGCCGUCAAACUUUGCCAUGGGCAGGCUGCCCUCCACCUACCGGAAGUGCUACAUGUUGGACUUUGGGCUGGCCCGGCAGUACACCAACACAACAGGGGACGUUCGACCUCCUCGGAAUGUGGCCGGGUUUCGAGGGACUGUUCGCUAUGCUUCUGUCAAUGCCCACAAGAACCGGGAGAUGGGUCGCCAUGAUGACCUGUGGUCCCUCUUCUACAUGCUGGUGGAGUUUGCCGUGGGCCAGCUGCCCUGGAGAAAGAUCAAGGACAAGGAGCAGGUAGGGAUGAUCAAGGAGAAAUAUGAGCACCGGAUGCUGCUGAAGCACAUGCCCUCUGAGUUCCAUCUAUUCCUGGACCACAUCGCCAGCCUCGACUACUUCACCAAGCCUGAUUACCAGUUGAUCAUGUCGGUGUUUGAGAACAGCAUGAAGGAACGGGGCAUCGCCGAGAAUGAGGCCUUUGACUGGGAGAAGGCGGGCACCGAUGCUCUCCUGUCCACGAGCACCUCUACCCCUCCCCAGCAGAACACGCGGCAGACGGCAGCCAUGUUUGGGGUGGUCAACGUGACUCCAGUGCCAGGGGACCUGCUCCGGGAGAACACCGAGGAUGUGCUGCAGGGCGAACACCUGAGUGACCAGGAGAAUGCACCCCCAAUCCUGCCUGGGAGGCCCCCUGAGGGGCUGGGCCCUAGCCCUCACCUUGUCCCCCACCCUGGGGGGCCUGAGGCCGAAAUCUGGGAAGAGACGGAUGUCAACCGGAACAAACUCCGGAUCAACAUUGGCAAAACCCCCUGUGUGGUGGAAGAGGAGCAGAGCCGAGGUGUGGGGGUCCCCAGCUCCCCGGUGCGUGCCCCUCCUGACUCACCGACAACCCCAGUCCGUUCUCUGCGCUACCGGAGGGUCAACAGCCCUGAGUCGGAGAGGCUGUCCACAGUGGAUGGGCGGGUGGAGCUGCACGAGAGGAGGUCACGAAUGGAUCUGCCGGGCUCACCCUCACGCCAGGCCUGCUCCUCGCAGCCGGCCCAGAUGCUUUCAGUGGACACGGGUCACGCUGACCGGCAGGCCAGUGGCCGCAUGGACGUGUCAGCCUCCGUGGAGCAGGAGGCCCUGAGCAAUGCCUUCCGCUCAGUGCCUCUGGCAGAGGAGGAGGACUUCGAUAGCAAGGAGUGGGUCAUCAUUGACAAGGAGACAGAGCUCAAGGACUUCCCCCCGGGGGCUGAGCCCAGCACAUCGGGCACCACAGAUGAGGAGCCAGAGGAGCUGCGGCCGCUGCCUGAGGAGGGCGAGGAACGGCGGCGGCCAGGGGCAGAGGCUGCGACCCGGCCCUGGGGGCGCAGCAUGCAGACGCUGGCUGAGGAGGACCCUCGGCAGGUGCCACCCCAGCCCCCACCACCCCAGCUGAGCCAGGCUGAUGGCCGGUCAGAGACAUCACAGCCCCCAACGCCUGGCAGCCCUUCCCACUCACCCCUGUACUUGGGACCACACCCUCGACGGAGAGAGUCGGAUCCCACAGGCCCUCAGAGACAGUUGGAGGAGGACAGACUCUCGGGGCACUCCCUCCCGCGGUACAGCCCCCUGCGACGACUGGCGUCCUCCGUGUUCUCCUCCUCCACGCUGGAGACCGAGCAUUACCCUCACCCCGGCGGCGGCGGCUCCUCGGGCUCCUCCGGUUCCCUCAUUCAGCGCAGCCGCUCGGCGGAGAGCAGCCCCGUGCGGGCGCCCCACCGACGCCACGCGCCCCUCGCCGCUGGCAACCACAGACUCGUGCCCUCGGUGCUCCGCAUCUCGCGGUCCCAGCUACAGCAGGUAUUCUCCGUGGCAUCCCCAUUUGAGAUGAAUGGUCUCCCACGAGCUGUGCCUCUCAGCCUGCCCUACCAGGACUUCAAGAAAGACCUCUCCGAUUACCGCGAACGUGCUCGGUUGCUCAACAGGGUCCGGAGGGUGGGCUUCUCGCACAUGCUGCUCACCACCCCCCAGGCCCCGCUGCCUUCUGUUCAGCCUCAAGCUAAUGGGAAGGAGGAAGAGGAGGAGGAGGAGGAAGAUGAGGAAGAAGAGGAGGAGGAAGAGGAGGAGGAGGAAGAAGAGGAGGAGGAGGGCGAGGAGGAGGAAGAAGAGGAAGAGGAGGAGGAGGAGGAAGAGGAGGAGGAGGUGGUAGUCCUGGGGGAGGUGCUGGGGCCACGCAGUGGCUCUAGCAGUGAAGGGAGUGAGAGAAGCACUGACCGCAGCCAAGAGGGCGCCCCAUCCACACUGCUGGCUGACGAUCAGAAGGAGUCCAGGGGUCGGGCCUCCAUGGCUGACGGGGACCUGGAACCUGAGGAGGGCUCCAAAACGCUGGUGCUCGUCUCCCCUGGCGACAUGAAGAAGUCGCCCGUCACUGCCGACCUGGCCCCCGACCCCGACCUGGGCACUCUGGCUGUACUCACCCCUCAGCACGAACGGCCCCAGCCCAUGGGCAGCCAGCUGGACGUGUCUGAGCCAGGUACUUUGUCCUCUGUCCUUAAGUCUGAGCCCAAGCCCCUUGGGCCUGGGAUAGGGCCAGGGGCCGGGGCAGUGGCCACGGGGGCCGGGGGCGUGGCAGUCACCUCCUCACCCUUUACCAAAGUCGAGAGGACCUUUAUGCACAUCGCAGAGAAAACUCACCUCAAUGUCAUGUCUUCCAGUGGACAAGCCUCGAGGCCUGAGGAGCUGGGCACUGGGGGUGAGCUGGGCCUGGAGGUGCCCUCUGAUGGGAGGGCUGUGGAGGCAGGGAACUCUGUGCCCCUGAAUGGCAUCACCCGGUCAGGGCUGGAGAGCUGUGCCCUGUCCGGUCCCCCUGGGGGUGCCCCCUUGGAGGUGGUCACACACCCACUACCCGGUGGCCCAGCCCUUGCCAACAGGCCAGCCCCACUGGAGUCAGGCCCAGAGAAACUGGCCAUAGUCUCCCCCAGCCACCAUGCCACACCAGGCCCGCGCCCCAGGAGCCGUAUCCCUGUCUUGCUGUCUGAGGAGGACACAGGCUCAGAGCCCUCAGGCUCGCUGUCGGCCAAAGAGCGGUGGGGCAAGAGGGCCCGACCGCAGCAGGACCUGGCACGCCUGGUGAUGGAGAAGAGGCAGGGCCGCCUGCUGUUGCGGCUGGCCUCUGGGGCCUCGUCCUCCUCCAGUGAGGAGCAGCGCCGUGCCUCUGAGACGCUCUCAGGUACGGGCUCCGAGGAGGACACACCCACCUCUGAGCCCGCAGCGCCCAGGAAGGCUGGGCGGGCAGCUGCCACCCGGAGCCGGAUUCCCCGCCCCAUCAACAUCCGCAUGCCCACACCUGCCUCGGCCCAGCAGCCUCCUGGCAGACCCCAUGGUGCGGCUCCAGCAUCUGACACAGCCAUCACCAGCAGGCUCCAGCUGCAGAAGCCCCCAGGGUCGGCCGCUGCUGCUGACCAUCGCUCCAAACAGUCCCCGGGCCGCGGCCCGGGUCCGGGCCCAGGGGGAGCCCAAGUAGGCCCCAGGACCCCUGCCCCGCGCAGUGCGGGCCUCCCUGCGUCCCCCAGGAGCCAGUCCCUGUCCCGCAAAGAGAGCCCCUCCCCCUCUCACCAGGCCCGGGCGGGGGGCCCCUCACCGCGGGGCGCCCCGCAGUCCCGGGCCCAGCCAGACGGCACCCCAACCCCAGGGGGCCCCAAGAAAGGACCCAGAGGGAAACUCCAGACUCAGCGCGCAGCAACCAAAGGCCGGGCGGGGGUCGCGGAGGGCCGGGCCGGGGCCAGAUAAUGACUUGCGCGGCUCUCUGCGGCCCCCAACCCUUACCCCGGCCCCCGACCCGCAGCCGGCCACACUGGAACAGCUCCCAGCACAGCCUUACGCGCCUGAUGCGCGCCACCCGCGGCCCCAGCUUCCCGCCUGCACCCGCGAGCACGCGCGCCAGCACACGCCGCGCCGCCCGCAGGCCUGGCCAAUGGCGGGCGCCGCGCCGCGGGGGGGAGCGCCCGCCUCCCCUCUGUCCCCUCAGCCCCUCCUCCUCCUCUCCCGCCGACCCUCGGGGGCAGGCUCAACCUCUAUCCCGGGGAAGGCUCAGCCACUUUUCACCAAGGAUGAGGAAGCCGCCAAUGGGGACGCCCUGCGCACCCACCAGGCCUCUGCUGCUCUCCAUGCCCCCCAGGGACCUCUGCUUACACCUUCUGAGGCGCCUUGCCCUCCUCCUAACCCUCUUCCAGCCAAAGCCCCCUUUUCAGAAAGGCAGCGUCAAAUUCCAGAAGUGGAGGCGCCAGCCUCCCCUUAGAGGCCAAGCCCAGGGUCUCCUGGGAGCAGUGGUAGGCCAAAAGGCCUCUUCUCAGCUGCAGCCUGGGGUUGGGGAGGUGGGGCCUAGUGGUGGUUGGUCUACUCAGGUGUGAGCGGGCAGGUGUGACCUGCUCCAAAGUCAGCUCCAUCUUGAUCACCCUGUGGAAGGUAGAGGCAGGUGAUGGGAAGGAUGCAAAGACCCCCCACCCUUAAUGUGGGCUGGGCCCUCAGUGGGAACCAUAGAGUGUUUGUGGGCUGCCUUUCUGGGCAAGUGUUUCCCAGUGGGAAGUUGGAGGGGGCUUUAGAAAAGAACUUCCCCCCCAUCCCUUGGCCCUGUGUUCUAGUGCUCAGGACCUCUCACCAUCAGGAAUCCCUUCCUGCCAUCUAACCUCAAUCCUGUCUACAGUUUCAACCAACUUCCCUAUGUCGUGAGUUCAGUGAAGGUGGAAAAUGGCUGGUUAUCAUCUCUGCGCUGGCUCUUUGGAGAUUCAGGGAUUCAGUUCUGGCUGGGUCACUCUGUCCUUUUGGCUUUGGGGAGUGGGCUGGAUCAGACCAUCAUCUCCCCCAGUGGGCAGAGACAGCAGAAACAGGCCGACAGACAGCUGGCCCCUGGACUCAAAGCAAGGCAGAAAGGCCCUUCUAAUCUCCAGGCUGUAUGCUUGUGUGAUGGGUCUGUCCAAGUUCCCUCCUCCCCCAGCUCACCCUUCAGCCUGUCCCUUCUUGUCCUAACCCCAAACCAUGUGGCUGAGCUGUCCCUGCAGAAGGUGAGGGCUGUGCCGCUCUGUGAGUGGAUAUGGGUCUGGCUGUUGCAUAGCUCAUCCCACCUCAUCAUGAGCCUCAGCUGCCUACAUCUGGGUCAAGCAGUCCAUUGGCUGCAGAAGGGACAGCCAACCCAGCCUAUCUGGGACAGGGCCCCUGUAUCCCUCCUCUGCCCUCAGCACCCACAGCCUCUGUCCCCUGACUUGGGCCCUCUAUUCUUCCCUGGGCCAGAGAGAGCAAGGGAAGGCCAUCAAAGGAAGAGGAAGAAAGGGCCCAGUGUGCCCCAGUGGUCUGGCAACAUUCAGCCACCAAUGCUUAAAAGGAUGCCCAUGAGAAAGCUGGCCCUGGGAGCAGCCUGGUGAUGCCAGCUGAAGCCUUUCAUGGAGAGUCAGCAGCGUGGGCAGCUGCUUCCCAAGGUGGUGGCUUCUCUGCAGACCAGCCCAGGGGAGGACUCCAGGGUGGACAAGCCUUUGAGGUCCAACCACGCUGAUGCAGAGGCUCCCAGAACACUCAGGAAACCUCUCCAGACAGAGCUCUCUUUGUCAACCCAAGACCCUUGUAAGGCCUCUACCACCCUUUGGGUCCAGCAGAGGGGGUGGAGGAGGGGCCACUCCCUCCCACCUAGAGCUUCUCUGAAUGACAAUCAGCUCGUGCCAGCUGGGGACCAGGGCAUGACCUCCGGUGCCCAGGUCCUGGGCCUGCUACUUGCCACCAACCAAACUGUGAAUGUAGGGCCCCCAGCCUUGCCCCUUACCCAGGAACAACAACUUCCUGGUUCAGUGUUGGGAGGAAAAAGGGAUGGCCUGAGAGAGCCCCAGGCUCAUCCCACCCUCCAACUUCUAGGGCAGAGAUGCAAAACCCUGUCUGCCCUGGGGAUUCCAGACCUCCCUAGGGCUCCCAGCUGACCUCAGGCCUCUGCAUCACUGAAUGUCACCAAGGCAUGGGGAGGAGGGGUAGGGGUGAGUGCCAGAGGGAGCUAGGGGAGUGACUGCUCCUCUCCCCAGGAAGGAUCCGGGCAGAGGAAACCACACCUCCCAGUGUCCCCACCCACCCCCACCCCCAGCUUCAGCUUCUUCCUCUCCACUCAGUCCUUCCAGUCCUGAGUCCCUUCUCUGCAAGAGAGUGUCACACCAUAACCUCACCCCUCCAGUACUUCCCCAUCAGGCCAGCCUGUGUCACCAGCUCAGGUGUUGGUCUGCUCACUCCAGAACACGCCUUCCCACCCCAGUUGCACUGUGCACAAAGGGGCUGCAGGAGAGAGGCCAUGCCCCAGGCACGUGGGCUUCCCCCAUUCCCAGCUCCUUGAAGAGGCCUGGCUUGCUCAGUCUUCUCAGCUCCAGGGACUAGCCCUGGUGGGUAUGAGGUGAGGGGGGGGGCAGGAAGUUGCCCUCCCCCUCCCCCACCCCCGGAAGCCCCUGAAGAAUGUUUACAUGCCAAUCAGAAUGUAAUGUCCUCCCCCAUGCCUUCCCAGUCACUGCAUGGCCUCUGCCCACCCUGCAUCUGUCCAUCGCCUCCCCAACACCCUGGAAGCCGCUGUCAUGAUCAGAUCGGGUCUUGGAAGGGAAGUAGCCAUCACACUAUUAAAAAGCCUG